AUUCAUCUUGGCAAGCCUAUGAUCGAGUCGUUCAACCGGAUUCUCCGAAGUGCUUCCACGGAACGGUGCUAAGAAUUCCUUAUCCUCUGAAGGACUACUAUUUAUUUGGGUAUUCAGGUAGUUCCCACCUUCACGAAUUCAUUCGUUUCGGCCGACCUUUCUUAAUAUAAAAAAAUAUAACCGUUGAUAUUCAAGACGCAAAACGCUUGAACAGGUAGAUGUAAAAUGUGCGGUCGAGGUGCAUGUACUUUGUCGAAAGAAAAACUGUCUUGUGCUUGUGCAUACAAAAAUUCUUCAGGUGAAUAUCAUAAAGUACCAUGGAUGGAUAGCAGUGAAUUAGUUUAUGUUCAAUCUUGCAACAUAGGUCCGAGAGAUAUUGUUCCUUGUAUUGUCGCUGGUACACAUUUGAAAAACAACCAGGAAAGGCUUCUUUGUCCUAUGUUAUGGGGUAUGAUACCACCUUGGCAUAAGGGAGAUUAUAAAAAACACACUGCGUCUACACAUAACAGUCGUCUCGAUCGAAUCUUAGAAUCUAAACUUUAUGCUACACCAUUGCAUAAAGGAUUCAAAUGUAUCGUACUUUUUGAUGGAUUCUACGAAUGGAAAGUUGGUAAGAAUAAAUCACCGAAGCAACCAUAUUAUAUCUAUGCUAAGCAAGAAUCAGAUAUAAAAGUUGAUGAUCCUAAAACAUGGCCUGAUAAAUGGUCCUUAGAAUCUGGGUGGAAAGGAUAUAAACCUUUAAAAAUGGCUGGAAUAUUUAAUACAUUUAAAACUGUUGAGGGAAAAAUUAUAUAUAGCUGUUCAGUACUUACCAAAGAUGCAAAUCAAGUUUUGUCUUGGUUACAUGAUCGUAUGCCAAUUUUUCUAGAUGAAGAACAGUGUCAACUGUGGUUGGAUUUAGAAGUGUCACCAUAUAAAGCUGUAGAAAUGUUAAAGGAACAAAAAUUAAUAGAAAAAGUUUUAAGUUGGCAUACAGUUUCUACACUUGUGAACAACGUAUCUCAUAAAGAUGCAAAAUGCAGAGAGCAAAUAGAAGUGAAGGAGAAACAAAAGAAUAGCUCUGCAAUUUUUAUGGCUUCCUGGUUGAAAAGAGAAUCUGGAAAAUCUAGCAAGAGAAACAAUAUAAUGAACAAUAAUUCUAUUGAAGAGGAGAUAAAUGAAGAUGAGACACCUGCAAAAAUAACAAAGAAAUCUUAAAUCAUUAAUAAAUAUUUUUAAAAUUGUCCCAAUAUUUUCAUAUAAUAAAUAUGUCAUUCUUUCUUUCA